ACUCUCCAUAGACAGCUCUGCAGGGAAGUCUGAGACAACCUGGCCAGACUUAGGGCUCACGAUCUGGUCAGAGUCAUGGCACCCCAGACUCUGCUGCCUGUCCUGGUUCUCUGUGUGCUGCUGCUGCAGGCCCAGGGAGGAUACCGUGACAAGAAGAGGAUGCAGAAAACACAGCUAUCCCCAGAAAUCAAAGUCUGCCAGCAGCAGCCUAAACUAUAUCUAUGCAAACACUUAUGUGAAUCUCACCGAGACUGUCAAGCAAAUAACAUAUGCUGUUCUACCUACUGUGGGAAUGUUUGCAUGAGCAUCCUGUGAGUGGGAGAGUGGGCCGGGAUGUGCAUCCUGCUUCCCAACUCCUCUAUCCAAGACUGUGCCCACAUCCGAAGCACAAGGACCUCAAGUCACCAGCAUAAGAACAUCAACAGGAAUGCCGCCCUCUCUACUGUCUGAACCCCUUGUCCCCGUCAAAUAAACUAGAACAAAUGCCCAGGGA